CUAUGUUCCUUUCCAUUCUUCUUCUGGGCAAACAACGAUGCAGCAGCCUAUGAAUCCAAUAACGACCCAGUACAAUGCUUCGCCUAGUGGUGGGGCCUCAGCAUCAGUUUUAGGCCCACCUCAUCAUAUGCACCAGCCGGCUCCUUUCCCACCCUCUCAUGAUGAUCAGCAGCCUUUGUUGUCGUUUACACCUCCUGGUUAUGAUAACUACCAUUCUUCCAAUUCUAGACUUACAGAUGAUGUAGAUACACGUCAGAGGAAAGAAAAAAGAAGAAAUUAUCAAUGGAUAGGAAGGGGAAUGAUGAUUCCACGGAAAGUGAAGCCGAUGAUGAUAUCGACCAACCUAAUGAAAUAGAAGGUGGACGACAUGGCUUUGAAGACAGCAAUGCAACAAAUGCGGAAGAGAAUAACAAUGAUAGCUCAGGAAGAAAGAGAAGAAAGAGGGAUGAGGAAUCUAAAGCAGGGGCGGAGGGGGGGGCAUGCCGGGGCACGUGCCCCCCCGGCAAGGCUCCGGCGAUGAGUUGCAUUAGAGUGGCGUCGGCGGUUGGAGAGUAUGACAAGCUAUGGAGGAACGAAGGUGCCCCCCGCGCUUGGUGCAGCAGCUGUGGACUGCCUAUUUUCGUCUAUAACUUUUCCUCUUCGUCAAACAGUGUCGUUCUACAUUUUAUUUUAAUAAGGAUAAAACUCUAAACGACGUCGUUGGAAUCUUUGACUUCUUUGCUUCUUGCUAAAUCCCAAAACGCCCAAAUUCAAUCUAGACUCCGCAGUUCAUAGGAGCAGAAAGUAGAGUGUUUGUCAUCUUCCACCUCUAUCUUAAUUCAAUCUCACCACAUGUUUUUUUACUUUAAAACUUUAAUUAUUUAAUUAUUAUGACCUUUAAUUUGUUGUUAUUUGGAAGGGAUAAAUUGUGGUAAUUUAU